CAUGCAAUUUGUGACUGCAGGGAGCCCACAGUCUUUCUCUACUCCAAGCUGGAAGGUUGAGACCCAGUAUUCCACCAGAGUACUCACUGGAAACUGGAUGGAAGAGCGGAAGAAGUUCCACAAGACUGCUGAGAAAACCCCCCAGUGCAUGUACAGAAGCGAGUUCAUCCAUUUCCCAGGCCACAGGCCUGAUCAGGUCUCCAGGUGGUACGCGAAGAGAAAAAAUGAGGGGCUCCCCUACAAGCACGUGAUGGAGCAGCGCCAGGAACCACCCCACGGGCACCUCAUCAGCUCCUACGACGACCACUACAACCGGCACAACUACAACCCAGGGCAGCCCCUGUGCCGCGUCUGGAACCGACACACGAACACGUGGGUCCCCGAGAGGAGUGACCGGCCCCUUCUCGCACCGCCUACCAACUACGGGCUCUAUGAGCGGCUACGGCAGGGUUGGCUGGCGCCCGAGGAGCACCCACGGAGGAGUGUCUACUCUGAGUCCUACCCGGCCCCUCCGCGGAGCGCCUUGUCCUGGCGCCAGCACGCUGUCCCCCUCCUGUUCCCUCGCUUCAAGCCCAUCCCACACGUGGUUUGA